GCAUUGAAGUAAGAGCGUUGCUCUUUCAAAAUCCAUAAAAGAGAAAUUUAUUGUUGUCUGUUGGUGUUAACCGCUCAGUUGCGAUGGAUGUUGAGUUGGGAAACAAACCCGGCGACAGCCAUGAUGGUGGAGAGGAUCUAAAUGGUACGAAGCUGAAGAUAUCCGUCGUUGAGAGGAUUGGUACUCCGCCGCCGAAAGAAAAGGAAGCUAUGGGCGCUGCUGACGACACUGCUCUCGAAAACGACGACAAGAGCAGUGAUGAAAAGAAAGAAAAGGAAACCAAAAAAGAGGAGAGCCAACCAACAGUACCAGUAGGCCAACUGUUUCGUUUUAGCGAUAAGUUAGAUGUCCUGCUCAUGAUACUUGGAACUUUAUCUGCUAUGGGCCUUGGUGCCACCUUUCCACUCCAGUUUAUCAUCUUUGGGGAUCUUAUCAACACCUUCAUCGAUUAUACUAAAUAUCAAUCACCAAAUAAUACGCAGCCAUUUGAUCUCGAUAAAGAGAUGACGAAGUUUGCGUUGUACUAUGUUUACAUCUCUAUUGGAACUUUGAUUGUGGCUUAUGGUCACAUGGGACUGUGGUCACUUACUGCCACACGCCAAGUGAAUAAAAUGCGCUUGGCCUUCUUUAAAUCUGUUUUGAAACAAGACAUUGGUUGGUUUGAUACAACUGAUUCAGGAGAACUAAACACUCGUCUCAAUGAAGAUCUGAACAAAGUGGAUGAUGGUAUUGGUCAUAAGAUUGGCUUGUUCAUUCAAGCCAUGACGACCGUGAUUAUAGGGUUUGUGAUGGGAUUUGCGUAUGGUUGGAAACUUACCCUCGUUAUCAUCGCUGUGAGUCCGCUGCUUGUCAUUGCUGGCGCCUUGAUAGGAAAGGUAAUGACUGCCAUGACAACCAAAGGUCUUAAUUCUUACGCUAAAGCUGGUAGCGUAGCAGAAGAAGUGCUUUCAUCAAUCAGAACUGUGGUUGCAUUCGGAGGAGAAAAGAAAGAAAUUGAGAGGUAUUCAUCCCUCUUGAAAGAAGCUCGUGACUUUGGAAUCAAAAAAGGUUUAAUGACUGGACUAGGCAUUGGAUUUUUUCAACUUGUUAUUUACGGAAGUUAUGCCUUAGCCUUUUGGUAUGGCUCAACGUUAAUAAUUGAUGAGAAAAUGACGGGAGGACAAAUGCUUAUUGUGUUUUUUUCAGUCAUGUUUGGGGCCAUGCAGUUAGGUCAGGCUGGGCCACACAUGGAAGCCAUAGCUGCAGCUAGGGGAGCAGCAUACAAAGUGUUUUUUAUCAUUGACAGGAUUCCACCAAUUGACUCCAGUUCUACUGAUGGAUUGCAAAUUGAUCAAAGUUCCUUAAAGGGAAGGGUAGAGUUAAAAAGCAUUGAAUUCUGGUAUCCUUCAAGACCCGACGUAAAGAUUUUAAACAGUUUGACUCUGGCUGUCGAAAGCGGACAGACUGUGGCAUUGGUAGGUGAGAGUGGCUGUGGAAAGAGUACAGUAGUUAAGCUUUUACAGAGGUUCUAUGACGCAAGUAAUGGUGAGGUUUCUGUUGAUGGUCAUGACGUUCGUUCUCUAAACUUAAAAUGGUUGCGUGAGCAAAUUGGUGUUGUGAGUCAAGAGCCAGUUCUUUUUGCCACCACAAUAGCUGAGAACAUCAGGUAUGGUAAAGAUGGCGUGACACAGGAUGACAUUGAAAGGGCAACAAAGAUGGCGAAUGCCCACGACUUUAUCAAAGGUCUUCCUCAAGGCUAUGAUACUCUUGUUGGUGAACGAGGAACUCAACUCAGCGGAGGACAGAAGCAGCGUAUUGCCAUUGCACGAGCUCUGGUAAAAGAUCCAAGGAUUCUGUUGUUAGAUGAAGCAACAUCAGCACUGGACAGUGAAAGUGAAUCAAUCGUACAAGCUGCUUUGGAUAAAGCGCGUCAGGGUCGAACAACCAUUGUGAUUGCUCAUCGUUUGUCAACAGUUCAGAAUGCAGAUGUUAUAGCUGCUAUACAGGAUGGUGUGGUGGUUGAGAGGGGAAGUCAUGAUGAACUCAUACAGACUGAUGGAGUUUAUCGUCAGCUGGUCACAUCACAGACAUACAAAAAGGAGGAAAAAGGAGAUAAUUCUGGUAAUGACGAUGAAAGCGACAACGAGGAGAUAGAGAAUAACGAUGUGAAAGUAUCGACACCAACAGUGAAAUUUACUCGAAGCACUUCCCACAUGUCAACUGACAGUAGACAUGAAGAGAAGAGAACUUCGGCUUUAGACAUUGCAACAUCAAACAGGACUAAGGGUAAAGAUGAUGAGGAGAAGAUUUUAGAGGAAGAAGUUGAACCAGCUCCUGUUCGUCGCAUCAUGAAGUUGAACACGAAAGAAUGGCCUUACCUUCUAUCAGGGAGCGUCGCUGCCAUUAUAAACGGACUAUUUCCGUUUGCAUUUGCUCUGCUUUUGUCAGAAAUUCUUUUCGUUUUUUCUUUGCGGGACAAAGAGGAAAUGGAAAAGAAAGCGGAAUUCUGGUCCCUGAUGUUCUUUGCUGUUGGUGUGACGAGCUUUUUCUCAAACUUAAUCAGUAGCGCGAUGUUUUCCAAGUCUGGAGAACUUAUGACUUUACGAUUGAGAAAGAUGGCUUUUGAAGCGAUUCUUAAACAGGAAAUAUCGUACUUUGAUGAUCCGCUGCACAGUACUGGGGCAUUGACCACAGCAUUGGGGACACAUGCCUCGGCUGUUCAAGGGGCUGCUGGCAGUCGCCUCGCCAUUGUUGUGACAUCUCUAAGCACUGCUGUUGCCUGCACCGUGUACGCUUUUUAUAAUGGCUGGAAGUUGACCCUGGUAGUCCUUUCAUUUAUUCCUUUUCUCAUAAUUGCAAAUGCAAUUCAAAUGAAAGUAAUUUAUGCAAGUGGAAAAGGUUCUAAAGAUGGCGAAGAUGAAAAACUUCAGUCCGGCAAGAUUGCAGUUGAAACAAUACAGAAUAUUCGUACUGUGGCAUCUCUCGGUAGAGAAAGCACUUUUUACAGCGAUUAUGUCAAGGCUUUGAUGAUUCCAUACAAAAAGGCCUUGAGACGAGCUCACCUUCAGGGAAUAUCAUUCGGCUUGGGAGAAGCGUUCAAGUUCUGUGCCACCGGGGCAGCAUUUAAAUAUGGGGGAUAUCUUGUGUCAAACGGAGAAAUGGCCAUGGAUGAAGUAUUGAAAGUCAUAAUGUCCAUCGUGAUUGGCGGUGCAACCUUGGGCCAUAUCAGCGCUUUGUCUCCAGACUAUGAGAAGGCAAAGAUGGCUGCUGCUCGUCUCUUUAAAAUCUUUGACCGUAAAUCUCUUAUCGACAGUUCGUCUCAAGUUGGUUUAACUCCGAGUUCUGUGUCGGGAACAAUCCAGUUACGCAGCGUACGUUUCCGUUAUCCAACUCGACCAGACGUCAAAGUACUACGCGGAUUAACACUGUCAGUUCAGAAAGGACAGAAACUUGCCCUUGUUGGCUCGAGUGGCUGCGGAAAGAGUACAGUUGUUUCCCUCCUGGAGAGAUUUUACGAUGCUCAGGACGGAGAAGUGGCUAUCGACGGUAACGAUGUCCGCACUCUGAACAUUCAGUGGCUGCGCUCCCAUAUUGGUAUCGUGUCACAGGAGCCCAUUUUGUUUGGCUUCAGCAUCGCUGAUAAUAUUGCUUAUGGUGACAACUCCCGUCAAGUCAGCCAGGAUGAAAUAGAAGCAGCGGCUAAAUCAGCAAAUAUACACAGCUUCAUUAAUUCUCUCCCCAAUGGUUAUAACACUCUGGUAGGAGACAAGGGGACUCUCAUCUCAGGAGGGCAGAAACAGAGGAUAGCUAUUGCCAGGGCACUGGUUCGUAAUCCGCAAAUUCUGCUUCUUGACGAGGCUACCUCUGCAUUGGACACGGAGAGUGAAAAGGUUGUGCAACAAGCUCUGGAUGCUGCAAGUGAAGGUCGCACAGCUAUCAUCAUUGCACAUCGACUGUCCACAGUGCAGAACGCAGACAUUAUUGCAGUGAUUCAUCACGGGCGCGUGGUAGAGCGAGGCACUCAUCAAGAGCUGUUGAACCUUGAAGGAGUUUACCACAGUCUUGUUACGGCGCAAAUGCAGAACACAAAUAAUUAACUCAGCGUUUCUCUAAAAGCUAAAAAGAGGGCAGAUAUAGUUCCUGACAAUACCAAGAAAAAACGAAAUUAUAUCAAAUGAUUAUCCAUUGUAAAACUAAUUCGGGCCAACGAAUCUAUGUAUUUAAGUUUGCGAGUCAAACUUUGAGGUUCAUACCAGUAAAAAACUAUAAACUGGGAUCUUUUUUAUACUCUUAUGAAAAUAAUUAUACCGC